ACUAGUACAGCGCUGAGUGACAGUCCUGCUCCUCCUCGGUAGCUGCUCCGCUCCGCUCCUCACUACAGCUACAGGACCAGAGCCGAGCAGGGCAGGGGUGGGGGGACAUACUGACAGACAGACAGACAGACAGACAGUGUGAAGCAGGAUGGGCUCUGUACUCUGUGAUGUGCAGUAAAUGGGAUUAAACCGCUCAGACAGCGCUUGGAAACACUCGCAGCAGUAGUAGUAGUAGUAGUGGAGAGUAGGGGGAGCUCCGCACCGCGCCGCGCCGCAUGUGGUUCUCCCUGUGCGCCGUUCGUACGAGAGGAAAAACAACCAGAAAGAAGAAGGAAACUAAGUAUUUCUGCAGCCCCCCAUUCAGGUUUAACCUCCGGGACUCGCAGUAGCAGCAAACCCAAAAAGCCGACCCCUGCCUCCCCUCUCACAUGCCUGCGUUGAUGUGGGAGAGAGGGAGGGGAGCGGAGCCGGGGGAUGUUUGAAUUACCUCGCUAAACUUGCAGAAAUACUACAAGAGGGGAAGAGAUAAAAAAAAAACACAAGUUGUGGAGACCUUAAGGGAGAUACUGGUUGUCAUGGAGAGCCAAGUGUGCGAGAACCAGAGUUGCGAGGACGUGCGGAAGAGCGGCUACCUCCGCAAGCAGAAGUCCAUGCACCGGCGGUACUUCGUGCUCCGCGCCGCCUCGGAGCGCGGCCCGGCCCGCCUGGAGUACUACGAGAGCGAGAAGAAAUUCCGCGGCAAGGCCCCCGUCCCGAAGAAAGCCGUGGCCCUGGAAACCUGCUUCAACAUCAACAAGCGGGCCGACUCCAAGAACAAGCACAUGAUCGUGCUCUACACCCGCGCCGAGAGUUUCGCCAUCGCCGCGGAGAACGAGGCGGACCAGGACGAGUGGUACCAGGCCAUGGUAGACCUGCAGUGCAAAAGUAAGAACCCCACUGACUGUGGAGCUGCGGGGGACUAUGGUGUUCCCAAUCCUGGGCCAGCCUUCAAAGAGGUGUGGCAGGUGAAGGUGUGGCCCAAAGGUCUAGGUCAGGCCAAGAACCUGGUGGGCAUCUAUCGCCUUUGCCUGACUGACAAAACAGUUAACUUUGUCAAGCUCAAUUCUGAUGCUGCUGCGGUGGUGCUGCAGUUGAUGAACGUCCGACGCUGCGGACAUUCAGAAAACUUCUUCUUUGUUGAGGUGGGCCGCUCUGCUGUGACAGGCCCGGGCGAGUUCUGGAUGCAGGUGGAUGAUUCAGUGGUCGCCCAGAACAUGCAUGAAACCUUGCUGGAAGCCAUGAAGGCGCUGAGCGAGGAGUUUCGUCAACGGAGCAAAUCUCAGUCAAACUCUGGCCCUGGAGGAGGUGCCACUGCCUCGAACCCCAUCAGUGUUCCAUCUCGUCGCCACCACCCAAACCCUCCUCCCAGUCAGGUGGGCUUCACCCGCCGGCCCAGAACUGAGCCUCCUGGAGGAGCUAACAGUGGAGCAGGGGUCAGCAGUGCCAAUGCUUCUCCCACCCCACGGCACAGCUUCCCGAGGUCUCGCACUGCCAGUGAUGGGGGUAAAGGUGAUGAGGGGACCAUACCACUCCCAGGGCCAGGCUCCAAUCCCUCUACCAACGGCUCUUGCUCUACCACCCCAAUCCUCAGGUCAAAGUCAGCCCGCUCAGCCUCCACCACAGCUGCUAAAACUCCUCUUGGGCUGAUGCGCUCCAUCUCCACCCCGGCACCCUCCCCAGCCCCAAGCCUCUCUUCUAGCUCUGGGCAUGGGUCAGAGUUUGGUGGCGUAGCAUCAUCUGCUGGGCCUGGGCCUGGGUCUGGUGCUUACAGUCGUGUACCAACACAUCGCGCCUCCGUCUCCGGCUCACCCAGUGACUAUGGCUCCUCAGAUGAAUAUGGCUCCAGUCCUGGGGAUCACACGCUCCUCCCCUCCCCCAGCCUUCCCGGAAGCUCUGUCGGUAGUGUCAGCAGCCAGUCCCUUAGCGAGGAGGGAGCCAAUUAUAUUUUAAUGGGCCAACGUAGUGGUGGUUGCAGCGGCAGCAGUAAUCAAGGGAGCUUGAUGUCCAGCUCCAUGCCAGCACCAGGAACACCAGCCUGUGGCUCUCAGCCUCAGACCCGGAGAGUGCUGCGUCGCUCCUCCAGCCGUGAAUGUGAAGCUGAACGUAGGCUGCUGAGCAAGAGGGCUUCCUUACCUCCUAUGGCCCUGGAGAGACUGGCCCCGCAGCAGCGCAGAGGUGAGGAGCCGGCAGAUGAAGACUCAGCCGACUAUGCUAUCAUGUCGAGAAGCACCAGCCGCGAGUCAUUUACCUCCAUCUCCUCUUCCACACAGAGGGAAUCCGUCAUGGGUGCUGGGUCAGCAGGGGGAGGAGGAGGGUACUUGGAUGUAGCUGGGGAGUUCAAAGGUGAAGGGGGUGGUGGGGCAGGUGGAGGUGUCGAUUUAGGUGUGGACAAUGGGUACAUGUCCAUGCUGCCCGGAGUCACUCAGCCUCCAGUAUCCAUGUCCCAAUCACUGGCUGUCUCUGUCCCCGAUUCAGAUUCCAAACCUGCUGAUGAUUACAUGGCCAUGACCCCUAACAAUAGCGUGUCCCCUCCACAGCAGAUCCGGCCUCCACCAACCUCUGAUGGCUAUAUGAUAAUGUCCCCCAAUAGCAGCUGCUCCCCCGAUCAGCGUGGGGGUCUCUCUGGAGGGGCUUGGGUGGGCAGUGGCAGUGCUGACAGCAGGGCGGGCAGUGACUAUAUGAACAUGUCUCCAAUCAGCGCACGCUCUGUAAAUGGUAGCCCCCCACCUCCUGAGCACACCAAUCAUUUGGAGACCAGUUCUCAACAGCAAGCCCCCAAGAUGGUAUACUCAUACUAUUCCCUUCCCCGGUCGUACAAACAUAACCCCUCCACCGGACACUUUGACGAUGGGCCUGGACGUGGCAGAAGGCCCAACGGGAGUGGUGUUAGGGGAAUGGGAGGAGGAAGGACUAUGGGAGGUCGUCAGGAGCAACUAGCCGCAGGCAAUUCAGUGGUUGGACGCCACCUGUCACUCUCCUCUUCCUCAUACUCCUCCAGCUCAGCCAGCAGCGAGAGCCUAGGGGAGAGCGAGGACAGAGCUACCCAGGCUGUGAGCCCCAUGGCUGGGGGAACUCAGUCCAAAGAUGGGAAUAAGCUCCAGCAAAGACGGGGCUCUGGUGGGGUAUCAAAGCACGGUAACCACUCUAGAAGCAGACCAGUAAGUCUGUUUGUUGAUGUAUCCAAGGCUAACACCCUUCCUAGGGUCCGUGAGAACCCUCUGCCUCCAGAACCUAAGAGCCCUGGGGAGUAUGUCAGUAUCGAGUUUAAGGGGGAGAAGUGCAGUCAGGCUGGGGUUGGAGGAGGACGUGGCAGGGGUCUCAGGCAUGGCUUAUCGCUGCCUCAUGGUUCAAGCAGCCAGCAUCCUCAACACAGGCCUAUUUCUUGCUCAGGGAACUUUAUCCCCCUCUCCCGUAGCCCUUCUGCCCCCAUUACUCCCCCGGCUGCCUCUGAGUAUGUCAACAUGGACCUGGGCCCUUCUCCGUCCCCCUCGCCCCUCUCCCUUACCCCACUGGUUUUCCCAUCUUUCCACACACCUCCCACGCCCCCAACUUUGGCUCAUGCUCCCAAGGCCUGCGAUGAAGUAACAACUGGCCCUCCUGAAGAGGUGGCGGAGGCGGCUGAAGCACCACUUAGAAAAAGCAGAGAAAGUGUUCCAUCAGUGACUGAAUCUGAGUCCCCUACAUCCUGUGGUGACUACACAGAGAUGGCCUUCAGCUUGAAUAACAACACCGUCCCUAGGUCAUCAUCCAGUGUCUCUCCCAAAGCUCCUUCCCCCACCAGGACUGAUCCUUCUGUACCAGUGCUAUCACGGGGUCUAGACUUUCCUCUAGCCAAACCAGGGCCCAACCCAGAUCAUGGGGCAAAAGUUAUCCGGGCCGACCCCCAAGGACGCAGACGGCACUGCUCAGAAACCUUUCUUGCCGCGCCCUCCCUCCCCACCUCUAGCUCUACUUCCUCUUCUUCAACUGCCUCCCUCUUCCCAGAACAUGCCCAAGCUGUGGCCCGCCGGCUGGGCCUUGAAAGCAUGCUGUGGGGGAAUGGUGCUGUGACUGAUACCCCCACUCAAUUCCCUCUCCCUGGACAGCAGUCCAUUCCCACAAACACUCAGACUUCCUCAACAGAGCAAGGCCUUAACUACAUAGACUUGGACUUGGCCAACAAAGAGAGUCCCCAUUUGGGCCUGGAUGGGCCCUCAGGUAACCAGGCCCCCACUCGCCUCUUCUCUGUGCUGGGUGGAAGUUCUGGGGUAGGGGGAGUGGGCGCAGCAGUUGGCAGCAGCAGCAGCUCCAACCUCAACACGUACGCCAGCAUCGACUUCUACAAAUCAGAGGAGCUGCGGACGCAUCAGAAUGGAAACAAGGAGGGUACAGAGUGCUGAUGUCAGUGCAUCGUCCUUGGGGAAACAAUCUGGUACCACUCAGAGAGCUUCAAAGCUUUGCCUGUUCGUCCUGUGACAACCAAUCAUGUUGGGAGAGCAGCUGGAUAGGACACGCCCCACCCCCACCGCCUCCCUCCCCCCCCCCCCCCC